CAAAAAGGGGAAAACGAGGUCGAGAUUUCUCCCUCUGAAGAAAAUAAUGGCGACGGCGCUCUUCUACGCGACCUCAAGCUCCGACCUCCACCGCCUCCGCCACCGUUCGGUCCCAUCUUCCCCGUUCUUUUCGCCUUCGACUUCGCCGCUAUUUCCUCCUCCGUCGCGUCUCCACCGUCAAACCCUCCUCGUCGCCGCUCCCGGCUCGGCCCGUUGCCUCGCCGUCGCUCCCGGUCCUCCCUCUCCGCCGGGUCCCGGGCCUCCUCCUCCGCGGAACACGAACAAUCUCGGGGGUAUUGCUAGAACAAUCUCCACGAUCGAAGACCGAGUCAAGAUAUUCUUUGCUGUGCUAUUCUGGAUGUCAUUGUUCUUCUGGGCAUCGGUCUCCGAUGGGAGGGGUGAGGGCAAGAGGAAGAAGAAGGGUUCACCUUUCAAAUAGACUCGGAAUCUUUUCAGGGCUUCAGUGAUCCAACACUAACCCUGUGUACAUGAUGUGCAGAGGAAAAAUAGCUUCAGAGAAUUCUCCAAAAAGUUUUUUUCCCCAGAGAAACCACCAGAGCCAACACCCACAAAAAACACACACAAUCCCAAACUCCCAACUGUCUUCUCGGCUGGUUCUGUGCUGUUCUUGCAAUCAAUCCCAGAGGGUAAACAAUAGAUGGGAAGCGAACAAGAAGCCGUGCCUGUUGAGCUCCCGGCUCCUCCUUCGUGGAAGAAAUUGUAUCAACCCAAGAAAGGGAGCUCAGCGAGGAAGGCAGAGAUUGUGUUUGUUGCUCCAACGGGUGAGGAGAUUAGCAGUAGAAAGCUGUUGGAACAGUAUCUCAAGUCUCACCCAGACAACCCUGCAAUCACAGAGUUUGACUGGACAACCGGUCAGACACCGAGGAGAUCUGCGAGGAUCAGCGAGAAGGUUAAGGCAUCAACUCCAUCACCGGAUAAACAGCCACCUAAGAAACGAGCCAAAGCAACUUCUGCCUCAAAGAGGGAUGAUAAAGAAGAUACAGGAGCUGAUAAGUCGGAGGGCCAAAAGGAAACUCAAGAGAAGGAUGCCAAAAUGACUGAGAAGGAAAGCAUAGAUGCGAAACCAGAAGAAACUGUUAAGAACGGUUCUGAUGAAUUUGAGAAGGUGAAUGAUGGAAAAGAUGCUGAGACGGCUGAGAGGGAAAAUGCAGGCGCGAAACCAGAAGAGCCUGUUAAGGAUGAUUAUGUCGAGACUGAGAAAGCGAACGACGGAAAAGAUGGCAUGGACACAGAUGAGACUCCGAAGGCGGUUCCAGGUCAAGAGAUGGAGAAAACUCCCGGUAAAGAGGGUAAAACUGGUUCAGAAAAGAAGGUUGAAGGGUCUGAACUUAAAGCUGGUUCAGUAGAAAAGGUCGAACAGUCUAUGGAGAUUACUGGCUCUGAAAUCGAGAAUGAGAAUGAGAAGGCCUCAGUUGAUAAGAUUUCCAUGGAUGCAGAGACCAAGAUCACUGAAGCAAAUGGUAACCAGAAUGAGAAAAAUGCAGGUAAAGGAGCAGUCCAAUCUGAAUCUGGAUCAAGAAACGCUGAGCAAAAUGCGAAUGGGGAAGAAGAGAAUGAUCCAAGUUCGGAGCCUAAGGGUCAAGACAGAGCGAUAGAAGCUGGAGUGACCGGAAACGAAACACUGAAGCAGUCGAGUCCUGCUCAUGUUAGUGCCUAGAGAAAUGUAAGGUCGUUGCUUCUACCGAACUUAAAAUCUAGUGUUCAUCUCUUUUGUAUCUUUUCCUGAUAUUACCGGAACUUGGCAGGAUACCUUAGACUGAACAAUUGCAGCCCGAGAUAUGGUUGAGUUAAAUGGUUUAGUUCAACCCAAUCAUAAUCA